GCAUUGUCAACAUUGUCUUCAUUGUCCAUCCAUCUGCGAGAUGUCAAACAACGCCCAGCAAAACUUUAGGUCACAGCUGUCCGGAUUCAGAUGGGCAAACUCGGUGCAAGAUGAUUCUCAACCCGCCGCUGGAACAGCAGCUGCGGGAGCAUCCACGAACCCUUUCAAUCGAGCUUGGACUGGAUUAUCAGGGUACAUCCCGUUAAGAAACGAGGGACAGAGCCAGGAAGAGGAGGCUUAUUUUGCUUUGUCCCGAUGGGAAAGAUUCCUCGGGUUCUUAGCUUGUUGUGCUGGUGGUCUGGCCUGCUUCUUCAUCGCGUUCCUCUUCCUCCCCAUUCUCGCCAUCAAGCCUCGGAAAUUCGCUCUUGCCUUCACUCUAGGAUCAUGCCUCUUCAUGUUGGGUUUCGCGAUCUUGCAUGGGCCAUGGAACCACCUCAAGCAUAUCACAUCGUCAGAGAGGCUUCCAUUCUCUCUAGCAUACUUUGGAUCGCUCGCUCUUACUCUAGUCUUCGCCAUAUGGCUACGCUCGACGAUCGGCACCAUUGUUGCAGCGAUUGUACAGAUCGUCGCUCUGCUGUCGUAUCUGGCAGCUUACUUCCCCGGCGGGACCACAACUUUGCGGUUUGGUGGACAAAUGGCGAUGCGCGGUAUGGGAAGUCUGUUACCAAUUUGAGCGUGAUUUGGCAAUGCAUGAAUGCUUGUAGA